AUUAUUACACUGGCCGACCCACCACCCAUAGUGAUUUGUCGUUGACAGCAAAGCAAAGCAUGAAUAUCGUUUGCGCUGCGGGAGCCGCAUAAACAACGACAGGACACACGAAUUUACUACCAUGGAUAAGCUAAAAGACUCACUAAGUAUAAUCACACAAGCACUGAGCAGCUACCGUGCCUCGGAGGUAUUCAUAUCGUUCAACGGUGGAAAGGACUGUACGGUGCUGUUAGACCUAAUCCAUAAUGCAAACCUGAAGCAUGCGAAACAGAUCAAAUGUAUCUACGUCCGACCGCUUAACCCAUUCAGUGAGAUCGAAGAGUUUGUGGAGCAGUGCCGGCAACACUACGGUAUUACUAUAUCUACGGUUGACGGUGGAAUUAAGGCAGCGCUCGAGGUCAUCUGCCAGGACGAUCCACAGCUGAAGGCCUGCAUUAUGGGAUCCCGGCGGUCCGAUCCGCACUGUGAGCGGUUAGCACCGUUACAGGAAACGGAUCCUGGUUGGCCACCGCUGAUGCGAAUCAAUCCACUGUUAGAAUGGACCUGUGAAGACAUCUGGUGCUACAUCCGGGAACAUAACGUACCGUACUGCACGUUGUACGAUAGAGGCUAUACUUCAAUUGGUGAUCGUACGAAUACAAUUCCCAACCCACACCUAAAGGUUGAAGCGGACAGUGAGCAAGUAACGUACCUUCCGGCGUACACGUUGCAAGAAGCGGACAAAUAUGAAAGGGCAGGCAGACUAUAGCGCCUUUUCUGCUGCUGCUGAUGGUGGUCCACGUACCUGUUUCAGGAAACAUUGGGGUAGUUGCCUAGCAACGGUAAAUCCUUCCUUUAAUCUUAUCAUCCCUAAACAAACACCACGGGUGGACUCUGUUUUACGUCUUUUACAA